ACGUCUUAGAAAACAUCGGUAAUAAUGUCAGAAAAUGACGUCUGAAAAAUGUCACUAUUUUUAACGAAGUUAUACAGUUUAUAACCUACUAAUUUUAGUUUAUUUAUUUUCUUCAUUUACACAUAAACAAAUGACCGUACCAGUAGUGUGUUGAACUACAAUGAAAACCAUAAAUCUAUAACACCCAAGUACACGUUUUACUCUCACCCAUCAAGAUCGUUAGCUUAUUUCAGGAUUAUUUAUAAAUUGAAAAGCAAUGUCUGUCAUCAAAAUAGCAACUAUUUCAAACUAUUAUUUAUUAUGCACGAGCUCAUAGCGUGCCCUUAAGUUAUAAUAACGUAAAUAAAUUUGCUUAAACAAUUAAAAUUAACUGUAUCACGUGGCAUGAUUAAAUUUGAAUCACAAUGUAUAUUUUAAAAAUUAAUUAUUUUAUCAGAUGUGUUGCUAACAAUAAUAUUAGGAAAAUUUUAUGUUCGUCUGUACGUCUAAAAUCAUCAUAUUUUAAAAGUGAUAGUGUUCUUAAGCGACAUCUUCCAAUAUACUCAAAUGAAGUAUAUAAAAUUGAUAAAAUUAUAAAAAAUCAACACAAGUACUUUCAUACUACUCCAAAAAAAGAUGGCUUGUUUGCAGUCAUUAUAACACCUCUAAUUAGACUUUCUGCAUUUUUAUUUGGUAAAAUAUUCAAAAAGUGGUAUACUUCAAGGACUGAUGAAGAAAAAAAGAUAUUUUGGCAGAAGUUUCAUAAAAGAAAAUUCAUUUACUUAGGAAUUUUGGGCUUAUAUUUGUCUUCAAUUUUUAUUUAUUAUAUUUCUCAUUUGAAAUAUGAUUCAUUAAUUGACCGCUCACAAUUUAUCAUGUUGAGUGAUACACAGAAAGAAGAACUUGCACAAAUAGUGUACGAGAAUCAUCUAGAACAAUAUGGAUCAGCAUUGAUAUCUAAAGAUGAUCCAGUAUACACCAGAGUGUUGAGAGUUGUUGCUAGAAUAAUAAAUGCAAAUAAAGAUCUACCUCAUUUUCAAAACAAGACAUGGACCUUAGCUAUAGUUGAUUCUCCAACUAAAAAUGCUUAUGUUUUACCAGGUGGCAAUAUGUUUGUAUUCUCUGGUUUAUUACAUAUAACAGAAAAUGAUGAUCAAUUGGCAAUUGUUUUGGCUCAUGAAAUGGCUCAUACAAUAUUAAACCACCCUUAUGAGCAGGUUUCAAGAGGAAUCAUUAUUGAUUUGAUUAUGGCUAUACCUCUGGCUGUCGUAUGGGCUUUAUUUCCGGACUUAUAUGCGCUUUACUUUACAUUUACAGGUCAAUCAAUUGUAAAUAUUUUCUGUAAUUUACCAUAUAGCAGAUCACUCGAAAAUGAAGCUGAUAUCGUUGGAAUUCUACUUGCAGCAAAGGCAUGCAUAGAUGUUAGAGAAGCUGUUGUGUUUUGGGGUUUAAUGCGUACUCUAAUAGAAUUGGACAUUGAACCUAAACAAAUUCCAUGGUUAUCUACUCAUCCUGAUCAUGGCGAUAGAGAAAGGCGCAUCAAUACUUUUAUGGAUGAAGCUUUGAAAAUUCGAAACCUAGCACAAUGUCCACGAAUAAGUUCCAAAGAUCCGAGAGAAGCAUUCUACGGGCGAUCUCGUUCUGAAAUGGAGUCUCAGCUUAAGGAGAAAGGAAUUAUUUUUUAAAAAUUGUAACUACAAAAUUAUUUUAUAUACCACAUGUACAUUGAAAAAAAAA